ACGAACAUCAUUAUUUCGAAAUAAUCCCAAAUUCAAAGGCUCCUUUUAGCUCUUACGGUAUCUCAACACAGAUAUCUUCCAUUCAUUUCUUUACAUAGACUUUGUUAGAGACAAGAUCUGCGAUUCGGUCUCGCUUGGAACACUCAUAUCAACUAGCAAGCGCCAUCAGUCUCUACUUUCCCUACUCCCUUCACCGUUCCCAGCUCGCUAUCUCCUCUACGACCUUGCUGCCCCUCGGUACUGCUUGUUUUGUCUUCUGUAUUGACAUCUAUACCCCUCUAUCUGCGUGUCUCAACGCUCUCUCUCACCUGCCGACAGAAUCACGCGCUGCACGAACAAAGUCGAUCUUCUAUUCUCCGAGAAGUCGCUCCAACCCACACCGUACCAUACGCUAUCUAGCCCUUCCGAGCUAGUCCUCAAGACCGCGCGACAUAGUCAUCGAAUUGUUGUGAUUUUAGUGUCUACGAUAGUUCAUGAGCACGGCAUCCCCUUCUGCGUUUCUUCUAUGGGCAAUUCUGUCUGUUCUCUUCCUUGGUUUCCUUGUCUACCACCUAUGGAGUUACGACAGAUUCAACUGCCUUAGAUGGUCUUCCGGUCGCCAGCCGGGGGCGUUCAAGCGUGUUAUGACCUAUUCGUACCUAAGCUCUGUACCAUUGUUGGUUCUGUAUAGCAUAGCGACAACUGUCAUCAAAUUUAAAGAAGGUUUCGUAGUGGCCGCAGACAACAAAAUUAUUCCUAGACCUUUAGACUUCUAUUCUCCACAGGCCCAUAGCUGGAUCAUUCCGCUGAAUUUUGUGUUCAGUAUUGCGUGGUCCCUCGAACUAGUGACUCACCUGGAAGAGCUCGCGUUCUGGUUAUAUCUCCUUCACCAGAAACCUCAAAAGGAAGAAUGGUUCUCUAGCUGGGAAUACCGUUUAUGGUACCUUGGAAGCAUGAUUGGGAUCAUUGGUAUGCCCCUUACUGCGCUGAUCACCCGAAAAGAUGUCAACACGUGUGAUGCGUACAUCUUCCUAGUGGGCUCAGCCGGAUCGACCAUCACUACGAUCUGCUUCUUAUACGUGCUCUGGAGAUUCCCAGGAUUCAUUCGACAUGUCAAAGCGGAGGGCGCUGACCCAUCUGUGGUAGUCAGGUUGGCAACGUUCUACCAGCUCAAUCUGGCCCGCGUUGUUUUCAGGUUUCUUUUUACCAUACCAUUGCUCGUGAUCGCGCUGGACGGGAUCAUCGAUGGCCCACACAAUAUCAAUAAGAACGUGUUUUGGGCUGACUUCCUGCACAUGAUUGCUGGAAUAGGGUGUUUCGUCUCUACAUGUAUUACGCUUCUCAUCUUCUUCCCUCGCUCAAUCACCAGCGAAGCUGGCUAUCGCCCCAAAGCACCCACACUUCCUAACUCCCCAAAAAGUGCACCCAUUACACCGCCUUUCCUUAUGUCUCCCCAGACCACACACAUGCCUUCAACAUCGCCUCAUCCUACCAUACCUAUAUCCACUCUACAACACGAGACAGAAGAGUGGGACGUCUAUUCAAUCUCGCCUUCCGACGCAUCGCAUUACCCAAAUUCCGACCAAGUACCGCCAUAUCCUCAUCAGCCUCAGUAUAUUCCUUCCACAUUCCACCCUGCAGUACACCUACAAGGGCAGAGCCAAGGCAUUCUAUCUCAGUACCGCCCCCAGCCUCCAGACAGCACGGCAUAUCAGAGACAUCCAUUCCCACAUUCCCUCUCAAGCCCGCACAUUUUCUCACCGCCUGGGUCACCUCAGCAAAUCAGGAUACCUACACCUCAGUCGCCUCAGAGGGCAAGUUACAAACAUCAUAGUCGAAGAGUAUCUGCUAUGUCAACUCCGGACGGUGCAAGUGAUGCUACGGUCGGUCUAGGCAUCGGGACUCCGCAAUUCGAUGAUAGAGGGCAACAAGGCACUGCUGCGCGUCCUCGACCUCUUUCCCAAGGGCCGCCUAGUUCUGUGACCGUGCGACCGCCAUCCAUGAAUCUACAUCCUUAUGUCAUGACCUUCACGUCUCCAAUUGAUCUUACCGAUAUACCCCCACGAGACCCAUUCCCCCGUUCGAUGUGAUUCCCCCGUUUGUUCUAGUUAUCCCUGGUGCCAUUCUGUCGGAUGCAACACCGUUUCCAUGUAUUCUUGGACUAUUUAUGGCUUUCCCGACAUUCUACCCUUUCUUCUAUUUCGCCACUGUCUCUUCGUAUUUUGUGACCUUCUAUAAUCUUGGGUUUGGUCUCUGGUUUGUUUUGUAUUGGUAGGCGGUAAUUAGGGUAUGGUUGUACUAGUGCUGUAUUUGUAAGGACAUGGACCCUGGAUAUACAAAAAAGGUCACAUUAGUGUACCAUUAGAGACAUACGAAUUCAUAGAGAUAGCAAAUUGCGAUCACCAGAAAUC